AUGAACACUGUUAAAUCUUUCUGGCUUGGAUGGGGCUCCCUUUGCGUCGCCGGUGGCGGUGCAUACUAUUUCGCCAAACAGCAAAUCCGGGCUGAUCGCCAAGCCAAACUCGAGGCGCACCACAAGAAAAUAGCGGCCAACAAGGCCCUGGAAUAUGAAGCGGCUGUGGCCUCUGGCAGUGCUGUAACGAGCAACGGUGGCCCUGCAAGGACUGACAAUGCCGGUUCGCCGAGCCAGGAAGCCAGCAACGAUCCCGCGGCCACGAGGCAUGCGCCAGCGACAGAGUCUGAGCGUGUAGCCGAGAAAAGCAAAUACGAGAGCGAUACGCCGUAUCGAGCUCGUAAAGGGGACAGAUUCAGCUAA